UGAGUUCAUUGAAUUCUCCAUUUGUUGCUGACAGAUUCCUGGAGGAUGGAGAUGUUUAGAGCUUUUUUGAAGAGUCCCAUUGGUCCCAAAACAACUCAUUUCUGGGGCCCUGUUUUCAACUGGAGCCUCCCUAUUGCAGCAUUUGUAGACACAAAGAAACCCCCGUACAUGAUAUCAGGCCACAUGACUGCAGUUAUGAGCGGAUACUCGGCAUUGUUCAUGAGGUUUGCUUGGAUGGUACAACCACGCAACAUCCAUCUUCUCGUCUGCCAUGCCUCGAACGAGACCGUGCAGCUUUAUCAGCUCUCCCGUUGGAUUAAUGCUCAGCAGAAGUCACAGAAGAAUUAUGAAACUGAGACCCUAAGCAGCAACAAAGAAGACUAGUGGCACGCUAGUGAAGUGAUCAUUACGCCUUGAUCUUCAGUAAAAACCUUAA